AUGAAUAACAAUUAUCAAUUUAUGGGGAUCUCUUAUACCUAAGGGUCUUCGAUAAAUCCAUCUUAACUUAGCCAUUCAUUUGCGAGAUUCCCACCAUAAAGUUCAAUAAUGAGUGUUGAAGAAUAGAAUCCUUAAUUUGCUGCUCAAUUAGCAUAAAGCUAAAUCUACAUAUAGGAAAACUCCCGCUUUGUAGAAGAAGACAAAAAUAAACAUUUUAAUUAAAUGAUCUAAUAACCAUAAAAAUAAUUUGAAUAAUAGACAGGGCACAAAAGAAUGAGUUCAUGGCAAUAAUAAAAAUCACCUCAAUAAUAGUCCCAAAAUAAAUCUCUAUGUACAUCACCUCUAAGAUAGCAAUAUCGAUAAGAAGAACCUCAAAUGUUUUAUCAUUAACCUUAUUAACCCUGUCCUUGUGAAUUAGAAUAGUUAUGGGAAGAAUUCUUAUAAAUGAGAAUGAUGUAAAGAUAAUUUAGAAGAUAAACUUAGUAAUGUUGCCAUCACUAAAGAGGCCAUUUUAUGCCUUAUUGA